AUGUUGGCAGGUACUAUCCGUCCCUUGGUGGCCCGGUCACGAGUGCUGCUGCCCACCCUUCGUUUGGUACGUUUUCGUAGUCGAGAUAGCCAAGAGUCCAAUCGAUCACCCAAGCCCGCGGUCCAACAUCCGGACACGAUAUUCGACAGGAUAAUCAAGAAAGAAAUACCGGCCGAUAUAAUCUACGAGGACGAAAAAUGCGUUGCAUUCAACGAUGUCGCACCGCAAGCUCCAGUUCAUUUUCUUGUCAUACCGAAGCAAAGGAUUGAUAAAUUGGAAAACAGCACUUCCGGUCAAGUAGAGAUACUGGGGCAUCUUUUGCAUGUGGCUGGCCAGCUCGGGAAGGCGAAAGCUCCCAAAGGAUUCCGACUAGUUAUAAACAAUGGUGAUGAUGGAUGCCAAACCGUGUACCACAUACAUCUACACGUGAUCGGUGGCCGCCAGCUGGGAUGGCCACCAGGAUAA